CUUGCGCAACCAAAUGCUGUUAUGCUAGCUGCUAUGGCUAGUUGUACAGAGCUUAAAGAAACGAUAAGGUUUAGAUAUAAAUAUCUCCGUUUUGGAUCGUCGAUUGCAGAUUACUUUUUUGUUUUGGAGAAGGUGAUGAGGAGCACGAGCGAGGUGCAAAAAGACCAGACUGUAUCAAAAUAAAGACGCGUCACCAGAGAUGCAUUGAGCAGUGGAGCUGCUGCUCAGAUACAGGCUUCAGCUGACACAGAUGAGGACUGCAAUCUGGAGUCCAUUCCUGAGCGACCACAUUCAAAAUAAACAAGAACUAGAAGAGUUUGUCCAGAGCUCAGGAGAUCAUGGCAUCGUCGUGUUUUCAUUCGGUUCAAUGGUCAAUAACUUGACAAUGAACAGAGCCAACAUGAUCGCUUCUGCUCUCGGUCAGAUCCCACAAAAGGUAAUUUGGCGUUACAGCGGGAAAACUCCCGAAACUCUUGCUCCAAACACAAAACUCUACGACUGGAUCCCACAGAAUGGACAUCCAAAAACAAAGACCUUCAUUACUCACGGUGGAACAAAUGGACUCUACGAGGCGAUUUAUCACGGUGUGCCUAUGGUGGGUUUACCGCUUUUUGCUUACCAGCCAGAUAACCUUGUCCAUAUGAAAACCAAAGGAGCUGCAGUUUUCCUCGACAUCAACGACAUGACCUCCAAAGACUUAGUGGAGGCCCUUAAGACUGUCAUAAAUAAUCCAACGUAUAAGGAGAGCAUCAUGAAGCUCUCCAGAAUUCAUCACGAUCAGCCGAUGAAGCCUCUGGACCAGGCGGUGUUCUGGAUCGAGUUUGUGAUGCGUAAUAAAGGCGCUAAACACCUGCGAGUUCAGGCACAUGAACUGAGCUGGUAUCAGUAUUACCUCCUGGACGUUAUAGCCUUUUUACUCACAAUAACGGCUCUAAUCAUCUUUAUUUUCAUCAAAACAUGUUGUUUUAUUUUCCGUAAGUGUUUCAGGAGGACGGUUCCUAAUCCCAAAGCGAAGAAAAAUAAAAAAGAGUGAAUAAAGGCUA